CGAAACGCGUGGGGCGUUUAAUUCAAUGCGAAGAAAUGAAUAAAAUAAAAAUAAAAUAAAAUUGGAGUAAGACAUGGAAUGAAAUAAGCUUGCGUUUGCGAUUUAAUUUUUUUACGUCACCGCUCGCAACGAGAGGGCUUGCAUACCGCAAAUAAUGCGUGCAUGUGACGAAACACGCGGCCAACUUUUAUUCAAUAAUUUGCCAAUUUGCCAAUUUGCUAAACCGACAAAAUAAUCCGACGUGUGAUAUACGACGCGACGUUUUCGGUUAUGAGAUAUUACACACCAGUUCAAAAUUAUCCGUCGGACGUUAAAGCACGCGGUGUGAAAGGACUCCGGCUGAUUAGUGAAUUUUUUUAAAACUUUUUUUUACAUCACUUCUUCCCUAGCUGAUGUGUGUGUGUAUAAAUGCUACGUGUUAUGAGAACGUGAAAAUAUCGAAGAACACAAAUCGACAAUGAUUGGCAAGGAGUUAGCUCUGAUAAUCCUGCAGCUGGUCACGCUCCUAGCAAAAUGUGGAUCCUGUCAGGACCUCCUGAUGAACGUAAACACGAAAAAGGUCUUAGCAUUUACGAGCGAUAAAUUUCUCAGCUUAACUUUUGACCCGGCAGUUUUGCUGACAGGCGAUGUUCUCGCAUCGAGCACCGAGCGAAUUACGAACAUGGCGAAGGGCUUGGCACCUGGAUACGUGAGGCUUGCAGGACCCAGAAGCAACCUCUACAAUUUCGAAAGAUCCCUCUUUCCUCGUACCGGCUUCGAGGAUUCGGAUCUAACGUUUUCGGAAGCGCACUGGGUUCUGGUUCAACAAUGGGCUCAGAGAGCGGGGCUCGACGUCGUCUCCUGUCUGACGCCUCAGAGGAUCGAGAACGAGGAUCAAGUGGCUGCCUGGGAUCCGAGAAACAGCCUGGAUCUGAUCUCGUUCAGCGAUCACAUGGGAUACAACAUGAGCUGGCAGCUGGGAUACGAGUGCCAGACAAGAUGUGACAUCACUGGUUCUGAUCUCGGGAAGGACGUGGCUCGCCUGAGAAACAUGCUAGGCGCUUUUCCGAGGUACGCUAACAGCAUCAUAGCUGGACCAGACGUUGUGAGCUUGCGUGGUAAACAGCAGCACCAAUUCAUUCAAGACUACUUGAACUCGGCCGGAAGCGCACUUUCGGUGAUCACCUGGCAUCCAGACUUCGCUGGUGUAGCCGUCGACUCUAAUGGUGUCGCACUUCAGACCGACACUCUGGCGACGGACAAGGAUUUGCUGUACAAAGCGAUGGGACGAACGAUCGCCAAGAAGCCACUAUGGAUCGCUGAGUCGAAACCCGAAGAGUGCAAACAGCAGUUUCUGGGCGCUCUGGUUUGGGCUCGACGACUUGGAAGCGCCGCGAAGCUUGGCGUCCAGGUUAUCAUGAGACAGCCGGAUGCCUCUCACAUCCUGCAGCCGACUCCGGACUACUGGGUCUCGGUGCUACACAAGAUGCUCGUCGGCCGAGAAGUGCUGGACGCUAAAUUGACCUUGGGGAACAAAACGCACCUCCACUUCUUCUGCCAGUGCACGAAACCCUCAGCCAAGUACGACAAGGGAGCUGUAACCAUUUUCGGACUUAACCUGACUCCGGGAAAAGUCGUGGUAUCGCUAAAGGGCCUGAAGGUCAAGACUCUUCACAAGUACAUUCUAAUGCCUGGAUAUGAUACUGAGAACAGGAUGUUCGCCGAAACCGUUCUACUCAAUAACCAGCCGCUAAAUCUCGUCAAUGGAAAAGAUCUCCCUGAAAUCAACCCGACUGUAACGAAUCUCGGAAAGAACGUGGCCAUCAAGCUUCCAUCAGGAGGAAUUGGAUUCUGGGUGAUACCCGGAGCCAGGGUGAAAACGUGUCUUGGUCAUGAAGAUGAAUUGGGGGACAAGAACCAGUUGUUGAAGAAAUUGACAAAGAAGUUGGAAGAGCCAGAUGCUCUGGACGAAAACACAGGUCACGAAGUGGAGGAGGAUCAGGACUUUGAGGCGGAUUCGACCGAGGAUAUAAAGAGCAUCCUUAAGUCGAAAAAGAUGAAAAAGCGAAAGCACAGACACAGCGAUGAAACUGAAGACGAAGAAAGGAGGUUCAAGAGACUGGAUCCGAAAAAAGAACUUGAAAAGCUGGAGAAGCUUCUGAGGAGGAACACGAACAGUGAGGACAAAAAGUCGUCCCACUUGAGGGGCAGAGUGGGUUUGAGCAUGUUUGACAACGGAGGGAAUGACGGGACGGAAGAAGACGGAAGGGAAAAUACAUCCGAGGAUCGAAAUGGCGGGCUGAUGCGGCUGAAAAACGAGAAAAAUGACUCAGCCGAAGAAAUCCGGGCUAAGCUCGAAGAGUACAAGAAGAAGCUGAAGCAGUAUGAGAUGAGGGAAAAAAAUCUCGGUGAAAAACGCGUUGAACAAACGAACAGAGCCUCGUACUCUCACGAUGAACUCCCAAUUACCGACAUCGACACUCAGAAGGCGUUGGAAGCUCUCGCCUUGAUAUCAAGAGUGGAGACUGCGAUGCGAGAGCAGGAAACACCCUGCAAAGUCAAAGUGCCGGGUCAACUUCAGAUGGUGGCCUCUGACAUCGGCGAGCAGGUGAUGGUAGAUGAGCUGCAGAAGACCGAGAAGACGAAGAGAACGGCGGACCCCGAGGCGUUUGGAAAGCUGUAUCAGUUCCUGGUGAACACUGGCCAGCCGGAUAAAAUCCACAAGCGGGAAGUAGAAGGUAAUUCGCGGAGAAAACGAGACCUGGAGAAGUUACUUGGCGACGACCCACUCGGUCUGAGGAAGGAGGGGCUAUUCAAGAAGCGGCUGAAGAGCGAUGACGCCAAGGAGAAGCGACUCGAGCGGAGGAUAAGGAAGAAGGAAAAGGACGUUGAUAUGGGCCUGAAAAAGGAUCUUACCAUUCCGAGACACGCUGAUAGUAACGAGAAUAACUUCUUCGGGUUUCCGGAGCUGAAACCUAUCGAGAACUUCCCCGAAGGUGAUCUGUUCGUCGAAGAAGGAAAAUCGGAGGAGGAGAAAAGCCACGAUUAUGAUUACGUUAAGGACGACGACGACGAAGAGCAGAAUGCGAAUAAACGGAAUCACGCCAAGCGACGCAAGGUCAAGAAGCACCAGAGGAAACCCGCGGUCGACGAGACGUGGAUCGAGGAGCCAAACUCAAAACUCUACUAUGCGCCAAAUGAGUAUUUCGAGAAUUUUAACCAACCUCCGGUCACGAUAAAAACUCAGUGGAAGGACUACGGAGAGCUGUGGGAACCAGAGUCGCUUCAACAGAGAGAAGAGCAGCCAAAGUUUCAGGAGAACGACGCCACCGGCGAAGCCGUGAUCAGGAGAGCUCACAUCGACGAGAAAACGGACAAAAAGGCAAAGGAAAAAGCGGUCAAGAAGCUGAUCAAUUACUACGACAACGCUGGGGUGGAGAAACCGAGAGCCAAGAGCGGGAGAACAGGGUUGAAAUCCCAGGCCCAACAAAAGAUUGGAAAACCGGCAAUGAAACCGAAACCUGAAUCUCCGGUUGAAGAAAGUACCGUAAAGCUUUUGGAGCUGGAGGACGAGUACGACGAUAGCACAGAUCCGGGGUCGAUGCAGUUCGUUAGUUCGAAAGCUGAGGACUACUCGCAGGAAGAUUACGAAGAUGACGUUGAAGAUGCUGGAAGUAAAAAAAGGACGAAGAGGAAACUCGCCAAUUUGGACGACGAGGCUUUCGGGCAAGAAAUGAUUAGCGAGGACGCUGCCAAUUCGAGAGACUGCAAGUGCAGGGUCAUCAGAGGCAACCGUUAUCCGGUAUGCAAAAACUGCAGGCUAGCUGUCCGCAGAGGACGCGAAGCUGCUGAGAUCGUCUCGGAGGAAAAAGAUGAUUCUGCAUCGACGCCCGCCUCUGACCUGUCCGAGGAGCUGAACGAAUCGGUUUCCGAUGAACUCCCACAGAGUUUGAACAGCUCGAAUGAAGCGUUGGAGAAUGUCAGCGAGCGGGUGUCUGAAACGAGCGAAGUUUCACUCACCGAGUCAGAUGCAGCGGAUUCCAAUGAAGAGACCCUGAAGAAUGCCGAAACAGAGGAUCUUAAUGCGGAACCAGAUAUUUCUACAAACCCAUCGCCAAGUUCUACGCCAGCUUCUGUCACAGUUGUGGAAAAUGAAGAAAUUGAACCACCUCAAUCAACGCCUUCGCCGAUGCUCGAAAUGCCUCGAACCAACGAUUCAGAUUGUCAGCUUUCAACCACUGAAAAACCUAGUGAGCCUGAAAUUGUUACGGAAAAUGGCAACGAAGUCGGUUCUCCUGCAGAUACGGGGAAGGACACAGCGGUUCUAAUUCUCAGCGACAAAACUACGAACCUGUCUGAGCUAGAGGCUGAAAACGAAAAGAACCCAGUCGAGGCUGAUGUUCAGGCCAAACGUCAAGUUGGCGAAGUGACUGAGACGAAAACUGAGAGCCAAUCAGCAACUAAAAUAUCCCUGGGAACUGGAACAAACUUGGGAUCAGGUAUAAAGUCGAGCAAGCUUGAACCUAACCUGAAGGAAAGGGUGGAGCUGAAAAUGAAGUCGGAUUCAAAGCCGGGGUUGAAGACUGAUUUCACCAAGAAUAAAAUGGUGCUUAAUACCGAGGCCUUGGCGGCGCUGCUAAAGGAAAGCGAGAGCAAGAAAUCGGAGGUGAUGAAGGCGCUCGAGGCAUCGGCAAAGUUGAAAUCUGUCGACCCGAAGAAGUACGUUGAUUACCAGAAGAAGCGAGCCGAGAAGUUGGAAAGUCUGAAAGACAAACUGAAAGACAGGAAGGUAAAAAUACUUCAGCAGUAUCGUCAGGAGCUGGUAGAAGCCUUGAGCAAAUGCGACGACGAAGUAGAGCGGAAUCUGAAGCGACGGCAAAUCUGGGAGGACUUUGCUCAGAAGGACGAGUUCCAGGACUUCGUGGACAAGGACAAACUCGACUACCUUAUGACGAACAGGCCAGUCAACUACGAACAAUCUGGAGAGCAGAACGAGUCAGUCGAGGAAGAGGACAGAAGGUAUUAUCCCGAAGUCGACCUCGUUCAGCCUCUGCGAAAUCCUCGGCAGCAGAAAAUCCCAAGGAAUUCAUACUACAGUCCAAGCAUGUCGGACUCUCUGGACACUGUGCCGAUCAUGGCUAACGCUCAACCGCUGCAAAGUAGUCGCUACGACAACGGUGACUCCUAUUACGCCAUUGUGGAGAGUCUUGAAAAUCCAAAGAUCCUUCACAGACAAAAUUUCGGUUACGAAGAUUCCGGAUACGGUUUUGAAGACUACCGUCAAGGUAACAGACAGUUCUACAUGCCUUCUCGCAUACAGCAGCAGCCGGGGCUUCGAGAGUAUCCCAGAGAUGAUCAGGAUCAAUAUACUAUUCCGCAACAGCCUUUUCAGCAAUUCAACGACGGCGUUCAGUCGGAUUAUCAAACUUACGAUGAUUAUAUAAGCUCUGAAAACGCGGGGUCGUUUUACUCCGAUGGAUCACCGAGUGAAGAGACUUACAAUCGAGACGUUCGGCGCGCUGUUCCGACUCCAGUAGAACUUGCAGAAUAUCAAAGCAGACAAUCUUUUGGACCGCAAAAAAGGGAGCAGGACCUGAUGUACAAGAAGAAAGUUAGUGUUGUACUGGUACCAGAAUCGAGGCAAAAGUCAGCUACGCAAGUUAUAGGUGAGCCGAUUGAGUUCUAUACGAGCGUCGGAGACGUGAAAGAAUCACCUAAGAAAUCGAAUGACAUAAACGCUCCAAACCAGGACGAUCAAGGUGAUGAAACUUACGAGAGCGAAGAUGGACUCAGAGUUCCACAGGCUAGACCAGAAUCGCCAUGCGUAAAUGGAAACUGCGGAUCUAGAGCGCGUGGAGAUAUUGCUAUGGAACUUGGAGAACCGCAAGAUUCGCACGAAGAAGUUCAGCUCGAAAAUAAUUCGGACAACGAACACAGAAGAAACGGUCGCAACCUGAUUUCGCAGAAGAAGCUAACAGUCGAUGAACCAGCCUUCAAAAUGACGCCCGUUGAAUCGAAACGUGAUUUAGCAGCAGUCAGGAAGGAGAGAGGGACCGACGAAAAUAAAUCGCAGUACAUAUGCCUGAGAGAGGAUUCGGGGGAAGAUGACUCCGCUGGCGAGGAAGAGAGGACCUUGUUCAAACUCGUGAAGAACGGCGAUUACUACGAAGCGGUGCCAGUUGCAGUUGUGCCGGAGGAUCUCAGUGCGUCCAGACAGAGGAAGAUGUACCGAAGAAUUGCAAGACAGAACGAGAAGGUGAGGAACAAGCGGCGCAAGUUCAGCGACGACGACUUCACCGAUGAUGACAUGAACUACCACGUCCAUAGGGAGGCCUAUUCGAGCAGAAGACCUGAAGAAUUACUACCAGGAAGUUCUUCAAGGUCACAGGUAAUGCUCGAAGACUCUAACUAUCGGUCGAUCGGAGAUGAAAUGAACCGGGUGGAAGUGGGGCAGAGACUGAGUCCAGAUGAAUACGAGCUGCUGAUGAUGAUUCCGGUUAAGAAGACCGGCAGAAUGCUGAAACGCUCGAGGAGAGAGAUCGGCGACAAUGUUAUCGACAGGUCUGGAAACUACCAGGACAUGAGUUACUUGUGGGACGACAUUGUCGACGGUGAACAGAACGAGGCAAAGCUCCAGGAGUACAUCGCGGAGAAGGAGAAUAUCGUUCGGGAGUUCCAAAAUGCUCAGGCGAACCUGAACAAGUACUUGAAGAAGCUUGAGGCCAUGCGGGAUCCGGUGCAGCUGCAGAAGUUUGAGCGAAUCAUUACGAACCUCGGGUCUCACGAUCACGAGGAAAUGUCGCUGAUCACCCAGGACGAACAGCAACGAAUUCAACUCGCGGAAUAUCUGAAGCAAGAGAUCUUGAACAAGGUUCGUGGCUUCGAUGCAUAUCGCGGAGAAUCGACGACGCCGGGCUGUGAAACUUCGACUCCGAUAUCGCUGUUCGAUGCGGCAAUGCCGAAGAUCGAAAGCACGAUCAACGACAAGCUGGUAAAGGUCGGGAACUUGACCGAAUCACUGGAGGACUUCAUCAACGAGUUUGACAAAAAGUCCGAGGAUAAUUCGACGGCUAGUAGCAACGAGACUUCAAGUGCCAAGAACGAAAAGAUCAGCUAUAACAUCUUCAACACCGCUCUGAGUAACGUUAAGAAAUUCUUUGAGUUUCUAACUGGCGUUAAUCUUAUUUUCCGCAGACACUGAUCAAUCUUUGUCAAUUGUAAUUUAUUCCAUGAAUUUUCUUCUUUUUAUAAAUCGGCUUUUUGAUGGCCUGAUUCUAUGAUUCUAGUUUUUACUUAUUAUUUGUGUACGUCACUGUCAUUUUUACAGACCGAUGAGGUCAUAAUUAUUUAUUAAUCAUUAUGUUCCGUAUAUUCUGCUUGUUAUACCGUGUAUGCAUAUAUGUAUACAUGCUUAAAUAACAUGUUUGUUAAAUAAUGUCGUUACCACAUCCUGAUGCAAUAAAGAAAUUUGCUGCAAUCACGUACCCUUGAGCGAAAUAAAUAUAAUACAUGUGUCC